AUGAUCUACUCGGUUUGUGCGAAACGGAAGCUGAAAGAGCAGGAAAUCAUCCAGAGAAUUCUGAAGGACUACGACUGGAGGGUGCGCCCGCGCGGACUCAAUUCCAGCUGGCCAGGCAAGCGAUUUCUGUGAAAAAUUUCGAAUUUUAUUGAUUUCUCCUAUUUUUGACACUCAAAAACUGCCAAUUUUCCAUCUCAAAAUGAGCAGAAGAGGGUCUACUUGAGAAUGUGCUCAUUAGGACACGAGAAAAUAAAACUUGAGAGCUUUUGGGCGGAAAUCUUUGAACUCUCCACGAUAUUUGACACUUUUGCACAGGAAUCUUGAGGAAAAACUCAUUAGCGUUCUCAAAGAUUAAACAUUUUGAGUAUUCUGUUUUGUUUUGACAAAACGCAGAAUCAGAUGCGAAUCUCGCUGCAAAAAUCAUCUGAAAAUGACGAAAAGAUGUAUAUUGACCGCUAAGUUUAUCCGAAAUUGAGCAGAAAAUAGCGAAACAUGAGAAAUCUGUGCAUUCUGCCUUGUAAUUCGGUUUUGCCUCGAAAAAAAAAACAGGUUUUACCUGAAAUUCAGGGAGAAUUGCUUUCGAAACAGCAAUAUCCCUGUUAGAUUCGGUGUAUUAACGGACACAUACAGGUUUUAUCCGAAAUAUAGCUGAAAAUUCCCGAACAUUGAAUUUUGAAAAAGUGUGCAUUUUGUCGUCAAUUAUUGGGUGUUUACGACAAAAUGCGCACUUUUCGUCGCAUUCGACACAAAAACCAAAUCAAAUUUCCCUUUUUUCGACGGAAACAAAGAGAAAAUCAAAUUUUUGAUGGUUGUCACGUAUUCUGUGUGCUUUCAGAUACCGGAGGGCCCGUGCUUGUGACCGUGAACAUAUAUCUGCGCUCGAUUUCGAAAAUAGACGAUGUAAACAUGGAGUACAGUGCGCAGUUCACUUUCCGCGAGGAAUGGACCGAUCAGCGACUGGCCUACGAGCGAUACGAGGAAUUGGGCGACGUUGAGGUGCGCAAAUUUUUACCACUUUCCAAGGCACGUGUCGCGGGAACCAAUUGUCAAAACAAAAAGCGAUCAACGGACAAGUUGUCGCAAGAUUUGUGCUCUACAACUUUUUAAUUGAUCGUUCCCCUUCAAAAUUUUUCAUUCGUUCGUCACACGCGUUUUUCUAAGCACUAUUCAUUAAUUGUCACCGUACUUUUCCCUCCGUCUCUCCACUCUUUUCUCACUCAUCAAAAGGACCCUUUUCAACACAAUGAGAUCCAUUGAAUGAGCACAAAAUGCCUCUUUUUUUUUCCUUUUUUUGCCAAAAGCUCCUCAGAUUUUAGCUACUUUCAAGGGGGAGCUCAAGAAGAAGAAGAAGAAAAAGAAAAAGAAGGAGGGGAACAAAUUGAAUUUGGGAGGGUGAUGAAAAGGGUCCGAAAAGGGAAGAAGGGAUUCGGUCGGAGACGGAACUUUUGACACGCGAAGGGGUUCUUCUAAUAGUGAAACAUUUGUGUUCGGGGAGUUUUUGGAUGAUGUGUUCCAGGUACCUCCGUUCGUCGUGUUGGCCACUUCCGAAAAUGCGGAUCAAUCUCAACAAAUUUGGAUGCCCGACACGUUUUUCCAAAACGAAAAGUUUGUCUUUUUCGCCUGACUUUAUAAAAAUUUCAUGACUUUCUCCACCCGAAACGUCAUUUUCAUUCUCAUUUUCCGCUUCUUUUUUUUUUGCCUUUUGCGUGUCAAAAACACAUGCUUUUCCCUUCUUAAUUUAUGAUUUCUCUCUUUCUCUCUCUCUCUCUGUGGAACAAAAAACAUGUUUCCCUUUUUUUUCGCACAUGUCGGGACCCGAGAAUAAUCGAAUUUAUUCGGCGGCGGGGGGAAAACAAUCCUUUCGUGUUUAUACAGCUAAAAAACUUAUACAGGAAACAUAAUUACUGAGACAGAUUUAAAUAAUAAUUAAAGAUGCAUUUGAAACAGUAAAAAAUUCAAAAAUGUCCCUAUUUUCAGAGAAGCCCGUCGCCAUUUGAUCGACAAACCGAACGUGCUCAUCAGAAUUCACAAAAAUGGAGCGAUUCUCUAUUCAGUCAGGUAAACACCGACCUCAAAUGAAACAAAAUAACAGUAAUCAUGAGUCAACAAAAAGUGUACUUAGAUUUUGAAACACAAAUGUUUAUAAGAUGUUCUUGUGUCAUCCGACCUCCUUUCUUAACAGCCCGAAGACUUCCAAAGCACGGUCUCCAGAGCUGACAAUGGAUAGAGAGCGAUACAUUGGCGCGAAAUUCAAAUUUUAACAGCAACAUUUGUGUUUUUUGCCAGAUUAGCCACGAAAAACCGAUAAUUUCUUACGAAUUUUUUAAGCGAAAGAGCGUUAAAUUUGGUCAAGUCGCAAAUCACAUUUAUCCGUUUGAAGGUUUUUGGCUAAAACUGCGUGAGUUUCAGUUGCUUUUAGGUAGUUUUCGCGGUUCGAGCGCUCAAAAUGCUUGUAUUUACGUCAUUUAUCAUUCUCAAAACCAAUUCUGUCUGAAAACGGCCAAGAAAGCGCAAAAUGAAAAGUGCGGUUUUUAGGCGGCGGUCGGCGGCGAAGGCGAAAAAGCAAAGUUCGCGAAAAAUGCGCCAAAACGUCUUUAAUUCUGUGAGAAUUAGUGUGUUUUCAUGUCGAACAAUCAUUUUUCAUCGCCUUUGACGACAAAAAUCAGAGAAAACCUGCUCAAUUCAUGAAAACGCCACGCCGCCUAUAUUGUCAGCUCUGGAGACCGUGAAAGUAGGUAGUUCACGGACAGAAUGGUCCGUCAAACAGCUUCUUGUCGUUUUAAAACCUUUCUCUUGUUCUUCUUAAGACCCCAACAACGAAUGGUCUAACGAAGCUGUGAGAAAAACGCAUUAAUUCCAGACUGUCCCUGGUGCUCUCGUGUCCAAUGUCCCUCGAAUUCUAUCCGUUGGAUCGACAGAACUGUCUCAUCGAUUUGGCCUCUUGUCAGUUCGCGCGUUCUCGCAAAAAAGUCGCAAUGAAAAACGAGGAUUUCAGACGCGUACACGACACAGGACAUAAAGUACGAGUGGAAGGAGCAGAAGCCGAUUCAGCAGAAGGACGGACUGCGGCAGUCGCUCCCGUCCUUCGAGUUGCAAGACGUCGUCACCGAUUACUGUACCUCACUCACUAACACCGGUACGUCGUCCCCUUCUAGACCGCGGCUUUUUGUUGUUUCGGCGGAUGGGGCGAAAGUUUUCCCCAUCCCAACCCACUCUGUAUUUGGGGGGCUUCCUCAAAAAGUGUUCCGUUCAUGUACGUCCUAAUCGUGUCCAUGAUAACCGCUUCAAAGUGUUCUUUGUGUGUUCAGGCGAGUACUCGUGUCUGCGUACCCGAAUGGUCCUCCGUCGCGAAUUCAGUUACUACCUCCUCCAGGUCCUUCUUCCAUUCCGCGUCUGUUUGUCCCUCAAUCGUGCCGUCCCUUUUCAGCUCUACAUUCCCAGUUUCAUGCUCGUCAUCGUCUCGUGGGUCUCGUUCUGGCUCGAUAAAGACUCUGUUCCCGCGAGAGUCACUUUGGGUGAGUAGAAACGGUGAAAUGUCGGAAAAAUCGAUAAACGUGUAUUUCAGGAGUGACAACCCUCCUGACAAUGACCACCCAGAGCUCGGGUAUCAAUGCGAAACUGCCGCCCGUCAGUUAUACCAAGGUACACGAUUUUUGUUUCAAAAAAAAACGUGGCAAAACCUUCUCAUUUUCAGGCGAUCGAUGUGUGGAUCGGAGUGUGUCUCGCCUUCAUUUUCGGCGCCCUUCUCGAAUUCGCUCUGGUGAACUACGCGGCGCGCAAGGACAUGACACAGGUCUCGCAGCGAAUUGUAAGUUUUUCAAAAAGAUGUGCAUACUUGAUGACACCACUCUUUCUCACAGAGACAAAUGAAGCAGUUGCCGACGGACGGAUACCGCCCACUUUCGGCUUCGCAGGGCCGUUCCUCGUUCUGCUGUCGCAUCUUUGUACGCAGAUAUAAAGAGAGGUCCAAGAGGAUCGAUGUCGUCUCCAGAUUGGUUAGUAGUUUCAUAAAGUUCUCGCCCCACCCGCGGAAAACAUGGUACUUGCAGGUGUUCCCGAUCGGCUACGCGUGUUUCAAUGUGCUUUACUGGGCCGUCUACCUCAUGUGAUCCCUCUUUUUCCCCCCGUGUCUUCUGCCUCUUCUCCUCUGUGUUUUGCUCUCCCUCCCUCUCGUGUGCCUUUCCUCAAUUCCUAUCUGUUUUCAUUCGAUUUUAGGCGAAUACAGUUGUGCACGGGUCGUUUUGCGCCUUCGUCGCGAGUACAGGUCAGUUAUGAAGCGUUUACUGAUGUAUAGGGUAGUCUGAACUUUCAAGCUUUAAUAGAAAUUCGUUUCAAAGGCACAGUACAUGUGUUUCACACAACUACGUUUUUUUGCAGUUACUACCUAAUCCAACUCUAUAUCCCUUGCAUCAUGCUCGUCGUCGUCUCCUGGGUCUCAUUCUGGCUCGACAAGGUUUGUGGUCUUGAAAAGAUGCAUUUUCGUAGUAUUUACAGACACAUCACGCAUGUUUGAAUACUAUUUGGCGUCAGAAAUAUCUCAAUCAAUAGUGAAGACGACAAAUAACCGUGUGAACUGUUUCAGGACGCGGUGCCGGCGCGAGUGUCUCUGGGAGUGACCACUCUGCUCACAAUGACCACUCAGGCCAGUGGCAUCAACUCGAAACUCCCGCCCGUCUCCUAUAUCAAAGUUCGUUCACACUUUUUCAAUGUUGUUGAAUGCGCGUAAAUUGUUAGCGAACGUCAAGUAUUCAAAAAUCGAUUACACAGGUCACAAAACGAAAAGUAUUCAGGCGGUGGACGUGUGGAUCGGAGUGUGUCUCGCCUUCAUCUUCGGCGCCCUUCUCGAGUACGCAGUCGUCAAUUACUACGGAAGGAAAGAGUUUUUGAGAAAGGUACACUUUCUGUUUCAGAAGAAGUAGUACACCCUUUCGAAGCAUUUUUCACAAUCGGAGCCUUUAAUUAGACCAUUUUUUUCUGCCGAAUAAGCCCGUAAAGCGUAUUAUCUGAAUGUCAAAAAGCAAUCGCAUUUUUUGUGCAGGAGAAGAAGAAGAAGACGCGUAUCGACGACUGCGUGUGUCCCUCGGAUCGUCCGCCACUCCGACUCGAUCUGUCCGCAUAUCGGGGAGUCAAAAAGUUGCCCAUUGUCAAGAGGUAACACUUUUUACUCGCAUUCAAAGUUUCAUUUAAUCAGUGAGUGACAAACAUUCAGGACAGUGUAGUUUUUCACAAGUUUCUCGAAAAUUAUCUCUCAAAAUCCAUUAUUAUGGUCCUAUUAUAGGGGCACCACCGCACAGAAAUGGCGCUCUGUUGAGAAACUCUUUUUGCAGUGCAAAUUGAGCGACCUCGGGGCCGAGUUUGAAAAUUUGGGCCACGUUUUCAGUGGAAAAUUACUUCGCGGCCUAGAAAUUCGGCCAGAUUGCGAACAGCGCGCCCUUUCUGUUCGGUGCCCCAAUAAUAGCUGUUCACCCUUCUCACUGUCCUCUUUGAUCGGUCAUUUCAUUUCUGACAGAUCAAACGAGAGAGCGAGAGAGUGUCUGUGUCUGUGGGCCCUUUUUUAUGGGCAUCUGAUGAUGUUGACGUCAAUGAUUUUGGCUUCCUACUCGAGAAUGCAGUGUGAAGUUUGUUCAGAUGAUCUGAUUUUGGGUACCUGUAGACAAAAAGCUCUGAUAAACUUUGGAUAGGGUGGCAAAAGUUGUGUGUGUCAAAAAAAUGGUUGUUUUGUUGCAGGAUAAGCGAACUACUGUCGGCGAACAUUGACAUCUCACGACGAGUCGAUCUGAUGUCCCGUCUCACAUUCCCACUCACUUUUUUCUCGUUUUUAAGUGAGUUUUGCACAUGGAAUGCCAAAAACGUCAUGAAAUUCGUUUCAGUAUUCUAUUACCAAGCGUACGUGAAGCAGAGUCGUGACUGA